GUGCUGGCGACCUCUCCUGCGGAGCUGCUGACGCUCUCCGGCGCCGACGACCCCCAGGUCCUCGCCGAGUGGAAGUCGGCGUGCGCGGCGUGCGACCCCGGGGUGUUCCUCGCGGCGAAGUUUGCCUCGCCGGUGGUCGUGCAGGGCGUUUCGUUUCGGGAAUGCGGCGAGCCUACGGACACGACCACUGGCACGACCACCUCCGCGCACUCAUCACCGCAAGGAACAGGCACCACCACCGUGACGACCACGACCGUCAACCCGUUCACCGGCAUCGACUUCGGCGGUGGAGGCGGAGGCGGCCAGGGCGGAGGUGGAGGCGGCGGCGGCGGCGGCGGCGGCGGCGGAGGCGGCGGAGGAGGCGGCCGCUUGCUCGCGGCAGCCGGCGCCUGCGAGGACCUGGUGCUGGAGCGCGCGGAGGACGGCGUGGAGUGGUCCGCGGUGGCCGCCUGGCUAUCCCCGCAGCCAGGCCAGCCGCUGAGCCUCGCGGGCGCCUCCUGGCGGCCGCCCGCCUCUCUGCCGCAGGUCGGUGCCCUGGUCAACGGGGAGGGCAACUCGGUCUCGGCGGAGUGCAGCAGCACCUGCUACCAGUCGGGCGUGGCGCCGGACGGCACGCUCACCCUCAACUUCUCGGAGCCCGUCUACGCCGGCGACGGGGCCGUGGAGCUCGUGCGGGGCGAGGGCUCUCCGUGGCGGGACACGCUGGUCGUCGAGGCCGCCGACGGGAGCUGGUUCCAGUUCGACGCGAGCCAGUCGCUGGUGCACGUGGUGCCGCAG